AUGGUGGAUCGCAAGUUGUGCGGCUUCAACGCGGUCUGCCUGCUGACGCUCGACGGCAAGCACGCCUGCAAGUGUCCGCACCUCAUGCAGAUGGAUGCCAACGACAACUGCACAUACAGUCCCAAGCUCCUUCUGAUCUUACACAGUCAGCAACUUCGCGGAGUCUACCCAGACAACGUCCAUCAAAACGCACUGACAACUAUCUUGCAGCCACUGCCCAACCACAUCUUCACGGACGUCGACUUCGACGGCUUGUCUAAGAAGUUGUUCCUAAGCAGCAGCGGGCACAACGUGACCUGCGUCGCUCGUCAUCCAAAUCGUGACGUAAUGUUCACCUGCGUCAUAGAAAAAACGCCAUCGGGGCAGAUUCAAGGUCAGAUAAUCAUGUCGAAGGUCAAUGGGUCACUGAAGAGAGUCUUACCGAUCCCCGGAGAAUACGUUGGAAAUCCCCAUUCAUUGGUCAUCCUGAGUCCAGUAACAAUAGCCUGGAUCGACAGGGUGAGGAAUGAGGUGUUCGUCUUGCGAGAUAUCAACCCGAACCGGGAGUACCGCAUUGAUGGGCUGACCGGAGGCUACGAAAGCCAGGGCGGCAGUCUUAACAAUAGCGAUGUUGUUGCUGGCCUGUCAUACGACCAGCGAUCCAAAUUUUUGUGGUGGUUCAUCAACCACCCGACCAACCAGUCAACGAUCUUCAACCAACGAAUCGGCGACGAGCCGUCAUACUCGCCUACAAAGUUCGAUUUUGAUCGUCCCUUCCAUACAAUUCAAUCGUUGCUGGCCGACGGCGAUGACUUGUACGUGGUGGAGAAGCGCUCGAACGCCACCCUCCUAAUUCUAGUGAAUGUUAGUGCCAGGAAUGGAACUGUGCUCAUUAAGAACAUGACCAGUCCUGUGGUAAAGAUGAAGAUGUUUCUACUGAGGAGCGAAAGUGAUGCUGAAAUGCCUGGAUGCUGCAACCACCAUUGCAUCUCAUCCUUCUCCUCAGGCCGGCAUGAUGUUGAUGACUGCGUUUGUGCCAAUGGUUUUGGUAGGGAUACGCACCAAAACAUGUUGAUAUACUCAACUGGAUUUAGCAUAAAAGUGAUCAGCUUCGAUAACUUGAGUAAAGUCGGGAUUCGUGAGAAACUAUUAUGGAUGGACAACAGCAGGAAGCAGAUAUCUUCGAUGCAUGUGAGUGGGGCACACUUGGAAAGGGUCGUCGGUCUGGGAGGCGUGAAUGGCGAACUUACGGGGUCAGAGUUCAUCGCUGCUGAUUGGGUUACUGGGAAUCUUUAUUGGACCGACAGCACGAACAACUGCAUAUACGUAAUGAAGCAACAAGCUGAACAGCAGCAGCACAUUUACAAACGCUUGCUGCUCAGUAACCUCAAUCAACCUUUUAAAAUUCAAGUCGAUCCAAUCAAUGGUUUCUUAUACUGGAUGGAAGCGAAGUCGCGAAGCAACAAAGACCAGUCACGCCUCUUCAGAUCGAGACUCGAUGGCUCCAACAUCAGCGUCGUACAGAACUUCUUCCAGCCCCAGCAACACUUCGUACACAACUUGUACACGGACACUCUCUAUUGGAGGCAAAACCAAUCACUCUUCAGUGCAUUCGAUGUUGGCAGACGAUCUGUCAAGCCCAUCCCUAUUCCUGGGGCCACCAACAGUUGGACUGUCCUGAACAGCACCAUCUUCUGGGCUGCCAAUGGCUCUAUAAUGAUGAGAACGAGUUCUCUGAGGUCGAACGUCUCGGAGUUUGUGGACGGUAUUGAUAGUUCAGUCAUUCAUAUCAUUGCUGUCAAUAAUAAAGAUACUGAUGCAUUGUUAGCAAGAUCAAGCAACCCAUGCAAACACAAGAACGGAAAUUGUGAACAGUUUUGUCUGUACGACGGCCAUAGAGCUGUUUGUAGUUGCUCCUUCAAUUAUCUGGCUGUCGGUAACUUCUGCAAAGAGCGUACGGAAUCUCUGAUAUUUUCAACGGGCAAGACGAUAAAGAUGAUUCCCCUGUACGAAAAUGACGAGAGUCUGCCGCUCACUCAGUACGAGGCAGCCACCGCUGGAAGUCGAAUCAGCAGCCUCGCUUACGACCACAAACGGAAGGCCGUCUAUUAUGCCGAUGUCAGGCAGGAAUUCAUUGCCGUCCUCUCCACUAACAGCAGCGAGGCCGUUAGGAAAAAUCUCACCACAGGCACGGGCCUCAUCAACGGCAUGACCUUUGACCCCGUGAACGACAAUUUGUACUGGACGACGGACACGGACAUAUUCGUCCUAUCCCUAACCCCCUCCUCAUCUUCAAACGAACAAACUUUCAAGAUGAAAAACAAAGCUGGAAAGGUUGGGGUGAGGAAUGUGAGGGUACAUCAGGGACUGCCAGAGGAUAGGUUCACCUCUAUUGAUAUAGAUUAUUGUUCUGAAACCGGAACCAUAUAUUGGAUAAACGCCAACCCCGAGCGACCUUCAAUCGACAAGGUCAACAUUAAUGGGUCAGAGUUCAAGCACCUCAUCGUGACAUCCAUCGUGUCGCCGAUUGCACUGACCCUCGACAGGGUUGGCCGCAAAUUGUACUGGGCCGACGAUUCGUUCUAUAAGAUCGAAGAGUACUCGAUUCAUGGCGGGUUUAGAGAGAUUUUGUAUCAUCACGUGACCUCCAUCCGUUCUAUGGUAGUGCACAAUGACGUCAUCUACUAUAGUGACGUGAACAAUCAGAAGAUCAUAAGUUUCAAUCUGGUUGACAGGAUAAAUAAGAUUUUAAACUAUGACAAGCUCAAUAACCUCGGUGGGAUCGCCGUCGUUCGAGAUUAUUCUACCCAAUGUGUUAGUCCGUGCAACAAGAAGAACGCAUGCCAGCACAUAUGCAGUGAUGCCAACGGGACCGCAGUCUGUUCCUGCUACCCUGGCUACCAGAUCAAUCCCGACAACGAGAGUUGUUCCUGGAAGUUAGGACUAUGCGACCGUGGCGGAUCGCUGUUCAGAUGCGGCAACGAGAAGUGCGUCUACAGCAAGAUGCGCUGUGACGGCAAGGAUGAUUGCGGCGAUGGCAGCGAUGAAUAUUUCUGUCACCUCUGUCACGAUGGCGAGUCUUUCAAAUGUUUCCACAGCGAGAAAUGUAUAACGGUGAAGCAGACGUGCGACGGCAAGCGGGACUGCGACGACGGGAGCGACGAGAUGAAGUGUCCCCCCCUGGUCAACAUCUGCCUCCUUCCGUCCUUCAGCUGCAACCACACCACAGCAUGCGUCGGUGUGAGUCAGUUGUGCGAUGGAGUCAAUGAUUGCUGGGAUGGAGAGGAUGAAGAAAACUGUGAUUCGAACAGGACGACUGCAUCCUCAAUAGUCUGCGGCUCUUCCUCCUUCCGCUGCCACAACAACCUUCAAUGCGUCCGCCAAUCAGCUCUCUGCGACGCUUGGCCUGAUUGCGAUGAUUGGUCGGACGAAUUGAACUGCCACCCGGUGCCUGCCCUCAACGUGACGUCAUCGGCGGGGUCCAGGUGCCCUCCGAACAUGCACCAAUGUAAUGAUGGAAGCUGCCUGCAUGAGGAAAGCUGGUGCGAUCUGAAGAAAGAUUGUGUGGACGGGUCGGAUGAAGAUGAUGCUUUCUGUCUUACCGCAGAUAGCACACGUGAAUGUCCGAUGCAGUCGAAUCGCAAGUGUGGGGACGGUCGCCAGUGUCUGGCGGGCCACUUGUUCUGCGACGAUCACGUGCAUUGUCGCGACGGCACUGAUGAACAUCUUGGCUGUGGUUCUCCAGAUUGCUCGCUGGUUGAAGUGCGGUGCGAAGGCUCUACGAAAUGCGUGCACCUCAGCAAACUCUGCGAUGGUAAGAUUGACUGUCCCAAUGCUUAUGAUGAGAGUAGAGAGGUCUGUAGGGCUAAACCCAUUGGGGAAUGUUUGGAAGGUCAGUUGUUGUGCAAACCUAGCCAGGAAUGCGUAGCUGCCCACAAGAUAUGCGACGGAAUCAUAGAUUGCAGGGACAGAAUGGACGAGAAUGAAGAACUCUGCAGGAAGAAAAAUUCAAAAUGCCAUCCUUUCCGUGAAUUCGUCUGCAACAAAACUGCUGCAUCUGCUGCCGCUGCUUCUGCUUCUAACAGAAAAUCUAAUAAUGACAAUAACAGUAAAAGCAGUAAUAAAAAUGAUAAUAAUAAUAAUAGUAAUAAUGGCGGUAGUAGUAGUAGUAGUGGUAUUAAUAAAAGUAUUAAUACUGGAUUUCCUGAAUACGUAUCAGACAUGAGGAGAGUGAGUGACGUGGAUGUGAGGUGCGUGAACAAGAGGGAUUACUGCCUCAACUACACUGCAGAUUGUGGGGAUGGUCUGGACACUGAGAGGAAGAAGAUGUGUUUUGUGCCAACGUGUGAGACGAACAACUGCAAUGGUCUGUGCGUUCAAGACGUGAUUGGUCACCAUUGCGAAUGUUACGGCUCUCUGGAGCACGAAUCAAAAGCCGCCCGUAUGUGUACAGAUUACAAUGGCUGUGAGGACAGGUUCUGCAGCCACUUCUGCAGAAGAUCUCAUGCCAAUCAUUUCAUCUGCUCCUGUGCACCCAACUACACUCUCCAGCCCGAUCAAACUUCUUGCCACGCUAACUCGUCGAUUGAGCCCAUGAUCCUGGCUUCCCACAAGGUAUCCAUCCACUUGAAAUCCAUCAAUGCCGCAUCGGAUAGGAUAAUUCUGGAUAACCUGGUGAACGCCAUCGCCCUCGAUUACGAUUGGUCGGAGCAGUUCGUCUACUGGUCGGAUAUCAGCACUCAGGGCAGCAAUAUUAGCAGGAUCAGAGUUAAUGGAACCGGCAGAACGCUGCUACAUAGUUCGACACUACGCAGUCCAGACGGGCUUGCGGUUGAUUGGAUCGGAAGGAACUUGUACUGGUGCGAUAAGUUGAAGGACACGAUCGAGGUGUCCAAGUUGGACGGAAGGUACAGGAAGAUCCUCGUUAGGGAGGGCCUGGAAGAGCCCCGGGCAAUUGUGCUGCACCCAUUCAAGGGUCUCCUCUUCUACACGGAUUGGGGUGAUGAUGCCCACAUUGGAAGAAUGGGAAUGGAUGGGACAAACAGGAAGAACAUAAUAGGAUCGGAUGUUCUCGGCUGGCCCAAUGCCCUGGUCGUUGAUUUCAUCGGGGACCGACUGUGGUGGGCCGACGCUAAGUUGGAUUACAUAGCCAUGUCUUACCUGGAUGGCUCUCAUAUUGUUUACCUGACAAAAGACCAGCUGCCGCACGUUUUCUCCAUGUCUUCGUUCGACGACUUCAUGUACUGGUCAGACUGGGAACACAUGACCAUCCAACGAACUCACAAGUUCGUCGGUGGCCUCAAGGAAGUUCUCUACAGCACUCAGCAUAAGCCUAUGUCCAUACAGAUAUUCCAUCCAAUGAACAAGCCCGAAAGCAUCCACCCACGCUACCUGAACCCUUGUGACCCGUCAAGUGGAGCACCUCAAUGUCCGCCCGGCUCCCUCUGCCUCCUGAAAUAUGGAGGUACCGAGAGGGUCUGUGCCUGCUCUGAGCGGCACUACAUGGCCCAGGAUAUGUCUGCUUGCAUCGCUAAUUGCACGAAUUCUGAAUUCAUGUGCGAAGGAACAUACAAAUGCAUUCCCAAAUGGUGGAGAUGUGACGGUGUGGAUGACUGCGGUGACAAUUCAGACGAGCCUGAUGACGGCACGUGUCCGCCCUACCAUUGUAAGUACCCAGGAAUGUUCCAGUGCCACAAUGCCAGCUCGCCCUACGACUGCUUACUUGCCAACUUGAUUUGUGACGGCGAGCGACAAUGCAGAGAUGGAUCGGAUGAGUUGAACUGCACAGCGCACUCUUGCAUGGACACCCAGUUCAAAUGCAGGGACAGGUGCAUUCCACUGCCAUUCAGAUGCGAUGGAAAGAAUAACUGUCCGGACGGAGAGGAUGAAGUUGAUUGUCCUGUGACGACCUGUGCGGACAACACAUACCGCUGCAACAAUUCCCACUGCAUUCCAUUCGUCUGGAAGUGCGACGGAGACGAUGAUUGUGGCGAUGGGUCGGACGAGACUGAAGCUUGCAAGGUUGAAUCAUGCAUCAAAAACUAUCGCAAGUGUUCUGUUUCAGGCAGGUGCAUCCCUGAGAACUGGUGGUGUGACGGCGACAACGACUGCGGAGAGGAAGAUGGCUCCGACGAGAAGGAAUGCCCCACUCCAACAUCACCACCGCCCAUGAACGAAACAACGACAACUUUGAAAUGCGACGACAACGAGUUUCGUUGCGCCAACACUGAAAAAUGCUUGCCAGCGUACGUGAAAUGUGAUGGAAUGAACGACUGCUCUGAUUGGUCGGACGAGGGAGGGUGCGUGCCUCCAUGUUCUCGGGGCAUGUUCCAAUGUCGCACCCGUCAGCAGUGUGUCCCGCAGAAGAAGAAAUGUGAUGGAUGGAAAGACUGUUCAGACGGAUCGGAUGAGAUGGAAUGCAAUCGCGAAUUCAAGUGUUAUUAUAGAGAUGACGAGAGGGAUUAUGAUUAUGAUGUCGUCUACCCUGACGAUGAUGAUGAUGAUAUUAGUGAUGAUGGUGGCAAUGGUGUUCGUCGUUUCGAUCGUUUCGACCAUUUCCGCUGCAAUGCAACAGCAGCAACGACAGCAACUACAAGCGCCACGUGCAUUCUCAAGAUGUACGUGUGUGAUGGUUGGCCGGAUUGCACUGAUGGGUCUGAUGAAGUUAACUGCACGCAUGCCAGCUAUCCAAAUUGUUCAGCAGCGCAUGGGAGGCAAUGCAGAGAUGGGCAGUGCAUUCCGAAGUUGUGGUUCUGCGAUGGAAUGUUCGACUGCAUCGACGAGUCCGACGAAGGAGACGAAUUUUGUUCCUCGCACACCUGCUACCCUGGCUACGAACAGUGCGACAGGAACAAGUGCUACAUGUUGGAAGCUAGGUGCGAUGGCGUCAAUCAGUGCAAAGAUGGCACCGACGAAAUGCAUUGCGAGCGGGCGAAAGAAUGUUCGCCUGAUGAGUUUCAGUGUAGGGAUCGUUUGAAUUGCGUCAGUCAGUACAAAGUGUGCGACCUCGCCAACGACUGUGAAGAUGCCUCCGAUGAAAAUAAUUAUCUAUGUGCUCAUCACCCGAUAAUCAACAAAGUAUGCAACACAUCCGAAGCCUGUCCUGCCGGGUUUGAAUGCACGCUGCGCCACAUUCUCGCCAAUCAGACAACUUGCGGUUGUCCUUCUGAUUAUAGGAUGAAUGUCUUCACUCAUAAGUGUGAAGAUGCAUGCGACAGUGGCUCCUACUGCACGCACGCCUGCCACAAGAGUGUCUGCCUCUGCGACUAUCUAUUCAAACUUGUGAAAGAUAAGAAUGGGAAACCUGCCUGUGCUAUCGACACAUAUUACAAGUUGCUGAUGAGCACUGAUACCGGGGAGAUUUUUUCAUUCGGCCCCACAAACCAGACGAGAUUGCACUAUUUUAACCAGAUUAAGUUUGAUCAACUUGGAAGCACAAAAGUAAGAAUAACCGCAAUGGACUACGUCGUGUCCACCAUCUUGUCAUCCCCACCCCCUUCUCCACCACCCCCGCCACCAUCGCCACCACCACCCUCAUACUACUACUCGCGUGAAACUUCAUUCCCGAGUUUGUUGAGGUACCCAGCGGGGCAGACGGCGUACGGCAUCGAGCUCUUCUUCUGCAGUCUGUUUGAUGGCAGCAUGCACCAGGCCCACGUGGACGUCAACGACGACGACUGGUCCAGCCACCACCAGACCCCCCCUCUGCUGGAGUCGCGGAGAAUCUUUCCGACACUCAUGGAUGACAUGUCCGUCGAUUGGCUGACGAACAACAUAUACGCCACUGAUUCAUUGACCAAUCGAAUCAUGGCUACAGACUUUCACGGAAGAACAACGGUUGACAUCAUCACUAAGAACAUUGAAACACCAAUGGCUAUCAAAAGGUUAUUCUGGGUCGAUGCCAAGAAGAAUACGGUUGAGAGUGUUAAAGUUGAUGGGACUGAUAGGAGGAAGGUCUUUGCAUUCCAGAAGUCAGACGACGGCAAACAUUUGAACAUGCCAGUUCGUCUGGACAUCUUGGGAGAUUACUUAUUCGUACUGACGCACAAACCGUGCUCCAUCUAUUACAUACACAAGUUUGGAACUGUUCUGGGCGAUAAAUGGCUGAAGUUUAAAAACAAUACAGUAGCCCAACUGAACCCCUGUUUGAAAGUGGAUUGUGGAGAGCAUGGGAUGUGCGUGAACGUGCCCGAAGGAGCGAGGUGCAUGUGCGCCACGGAGUAUGUCUGGAACGAAACAACAUCUUCCUGUCAGUUGAAGUUCGAUCUGCUCUAUCUACUUCUGUACGGGCCUGUUUGCAAAGAUCAUUGUUACAAUGCUGGCAACUGCUCCCGAGUCAAUGGUCUGGCCAAGUGCAAGUUUGUAUCUCUCGUUUGCCUGUCUUCUUGUAGAUGCUGUUAUGCAGGGGAACGUUGCGAGCAUGACCUGUGCGCAGGAUAUUGCGUUGAGAAGCACACCAAUGAUAAAUGUACCGUCAACCAUGAGGAGGUGCCUGUGUGCCGUUGCAAAGAUGGAUACAUUGGAAGCAAGUGUGAACACCAUCAAUGUGAUAAUCAUUGCUACAAUGGAGGAAGUUGUUACUUCAAUCCCGUCAGCAGGAAUUUGAGUUGUUUAUGUAGACCCGGGUACUUCGGCGACGCAUGUCAACGAUCCUACAAGCACAACAGAACGACAGCAUGUGACCACGUGACCUGCCACAACAGCGGCACUUGUACAGUUGAUGCUCAUGGGGAUGUGCACUGCAAAUGUUUGGCCGGAUAUACAGUACACAGAUCAAUAACGUGCAACAAAUGCUACCACGCGUGCGCAAACAGCUCUUUAAAUUCGUGCCAUCAAUCACACUGUCAACAUCAUCCCCAAGUCUUCUGCUCGCGAACUGCCGGCCACAACCUCGCUGCUGAUUUUCAUGCGGCAUUCUUUUGCAGCUGUCCGCCUGGCUUUGUUAAUUUGUGCCGGACGAAUGGCAGGAAUACAACCACCAACAACAACAACAACGACAACAACAACGACAACAGCGAUUACGACCUGAGCGUCCUAAAUGCCCUGACCGAUGACGAUGAAUACUGCACUGGCUGCAUUGCUGUCUGUGAUUAUCAUUGCAGUAAGCUUGGCACUGCUAGUUGUUCUAUGGACGAGAUGAGCGAUAAUGUGAAAUGCAAUUGCAAACGUGGCUGGUCUGGGGAGUCGUGCGACCUGUGUGGCCAGGACGAAUAUCGCUGCAGCAACAGAGGAACGUGCAGGAAUGUGGACGACGUGAUCACGUGUGCAUGCAGUCCCGGUUUCCAUGGCAACCAGUGCCAGAUGGAUGGAGGUUGCUCGUUGGUUAGAUGCCAGAACAAUGGAACGUGCUAUAAGAAGAGCGAGAUAUCUUACCAGUGCUUACAAACAAACAAAUAUAAACAGAUGUGA